ACAGUUGAGGUGGUUGUGUCAACAGAAACCAAAAUAACCACAAACAGCCCCAAACAACGCCGUGUGCCUGCGCGGGUCGAAUAGUUGUUCAACUCGGAAUAUUGCAUUCGAUAGCGUUUAAAAUUGUUGAAACGGAAAUGGAAGAGGCUCAUCUGUAACUCCGGAAUAUUAUCCCAGGUCCAAAAUAAAACGAUUGUUCGGCGUGACCAGCAUACCCUUCUUCACCGUACCUGCCAACCUUGAUUUGGAGGAAAUUUCGUGCAUUUGAUGUAAAGGAUGGCUUACGCGGUGCUGGAAACGACGGACGUACUCGGGAAUAAGGAGAUUCUAGCUGCACCCGAGGGCUGGGUCCGUUGCACAAAUGGCAAACAGUACCUCUGUUGGCCGAACGUGCGGAACAUUAACUCGCUAAAUGCACUGCUACAGGAUGCGCAUAGCGUACCGUCAUUGAUGUGGGAAAAGCACGAGUGUGUCAUUAAGCGGUCAAACCUGGCGACGCUCGCGCUGGCAACUAAAGCGAUAGACGACAUGCAGAACCCCAGCCCAGAAAAGGGCGCAAGUGCCAAAGCUACCUCUAACAGUCCUGCCGCGAACACGCGUAAAAAUGCGCAGAAAAGGUUGCUCGAUGAAUCGACCCUUGACGAUGCUGCCUGCUCCGACGCGGAUCUAUUGCAGGAAGGAGCGGCACCUAGAACGUCCCAAGCAAUGGAAAUGUUUAUCGCACUCCAGCGCCUAAUCGAAAAGAAUCAAGAGGAGAUGACGAAGAAAAUGAACGAAGGCUUCUAUCGAAUACAGAAAACAAUGGUCAGCCUAAUGCACAAGCGGGGAGAUGUAGAGGACUUGACGGACGCAUCGGACACCUCGAACACGGUUCCGGCAGCAGCAGCAGCAGCAGCAGCAUCACCAGCGCCGGCGGCGGUUAGCACCAAAAAUUACUUUGGCUUCAAUAUGAAACCUCUCAAAACUGUCGAAGAAAUGUACAAGUUCGAGGAGCGGUUGAACGCGGAAAACUAUCGCAAGCAGGUGCACGCCUGGAUCGACAGUAUCGUUUCGUACGAGCGCAAUCCGGAGGCUCGCAUGAUGGAAAUUUUGGACCUCAUGUUCGAUCGGCACCUGCUGCCGCUGUUCAGCUGGACCGGCACUAGCACGAGGGGGAUGAAGAAGCGGUCGUUCGCGAAGUAUCGUAACAUCAUCAGCCUGUAUGAGUACACCGGGACGACCUCUACGCACCAGGCGGACAAGCUCUUUGUGUCGCAGUUUUUUAUGAAAAAGCUUCGACACGCAACGACCCGUGCCGCUACGCUGAAGGGGCUGCGAAGGUGCGUACCGCACUCGCCGGGACCGAGAAAAAUACGAACGAGCAAGCCGGACAACAGUGAGGUGCGUGAGGUCGACGGGAUCACAAAGUACGUUAAGAUAAGCCGGGUCGACUACAGCACCAUCUCGGAGAAGGUGCCCAGUGACUCUGGUAAGGAUUGCAAGGAUAGCAUUGGUAACAGCAGCAGCAACAACUUGCAGACGCAGUUCAAACAAGAUUCAAACGACACGCAGGAUGUUAUGGAGGAUGACGACGAGUACAUAGACUUUAGCAAUAUAGAGCUCAAGCCGGAGGAGGACAUGCAGCCAACAUUGUUCAUGAGCGCGGAUGAGGAGUCGGAAUGAUGCGGACGGUUGUUACGUACGGUGAAGAGUUUUAAGCUGAUAUUGGGAUAGGUUGAGCAGCUGUUUUGUAUACUGCCAGAAUCUGUUCCAUUCUUUAUUUUUAAUUGCGAGAUAAGGCUCUUCUAUAUAGCUAUGAUUUAGCCUAAGAAUUGUUUUUUUCACUUUAUUGUGACACCUUUAGGCUGACGAUACACGGCACGGAACCGUGAGAUCCCUUCUCCACGAGGAAGUAUGUGUAUAGUUUUUUUGCCAUAGCG